AUGGAAGGAUUUAAUCAGUCAUCAAUCGACCAUAACGUUACUGCGAAUUGGGUUAAUUCAAACCAUUCUAAAUUUACUAUGAAUUGUCUUUACGUGGAUUUUAGUCGAAGCGCCAUUGACAAGUUCUACAUUACCUACAUCUUGAGCAUUGUUCUAAACUCUGUUUGUGCAUUGCCAGCAAGUAUACUAAACAUUUUGGUCAUAUUAGCAGUAUGGAGAAAAUCCCAAUUACACAACCCUUCAAAUUUACUACUCAGCAAUUUAGCUUUGACUGACUUUGGCGUGGGUUGUUUGGUGCAGCCCGUCUUUGCCGCGCACAAAAUCGCCGCUCUACACGAGAAUAUUCCAGUUCACUGCAUCGCGUCGCUCGCCAGCAAGACCUUGGCUUCACUUUUAUGUGCAGUUUCUCUUCUUACACUAACUGCUAUUAGUAUCGACAGGCUCUUAGCACUCGCAUUAAGCGUGCGUUACCGCACUGUGGUUACCAUUCCGAUUACCACGCGCGUCGUGGUACUUCUGUGGUUAGUAGGCAUUUUAGUAACCAUUCCGUUGUUUGUCUACCCAAUGAGUUUUCUUUAUUGCAUGAUCUUAGUAAUGGUGAUAUGUUUAACAGUUACAAUCAUCGCCUACACUAAGCUGCUACAUCUAAUUCACCGACACAAGACAAAAGUAGGGGUGGAUACGCGGCAAACGACAAGACAACAGAGCCAAGACACAGCCGAAAUGGCCAACAUUGCUAAAUACAAGACCUCCAUUCGUACUGUUAUCUACCUGGUUAUCAUAAUGGUGUUGUUUUACUCGCCAUAUCUUGUAACAAACAUUGUGCUGGUCGCAGUGGAAUCGCGCAACGACGACCGUUUCAAAGCAGCUUUCAACAUUACUCACAGCAUUUUGUUCAUGAAUUCGAUCGUGAAUCCCGCUUUUUACUGCUGGAAGAUAAAAAGCAUCCGAAACGCCGUCAUCGAGAUGCUCCCUGAAAGAUUCCAGGAAUAA